AUGGCUGAUCCAGAGAAGAGAAUUGGUCAGGUGGAGAUUGAGCCUGUUGCUAAGGAUGUUGUCUUUGGUCAAGUCGUUGAGCUGAAGAAUGAGUCGGGCGAUAACCUACCAAACAAGGAGUUCCAAGAUGACCUUAAUGUCACGACCGAUGACUAUAUCCAUGCAAGAGAGGAAGCACAGAGCUUCACUCUCGAGCAGACGAGAGACAUGAUGGCUAAAGUUUGGAAGAUUCACGAGCUCGAUCCCAACUUCCCGGACAGCAUCCUCGACAAGAUCAAGGAAUUCCUGUUCAACGAGGAUGUUCUCGUCAACCCUGACAAGCAUGCAGACCUCAUCGCCGAGGUCAAGAUCGAGGCCGCCUUGAUCGUGAACAACUCGCCGUACGCCGAGGUCAGAGCCGUUGUCGACAACACCGACGAUCCCAACAUGCCGUGCGCUUCCCUCCGCGCAUACAUCAUUGGACUGGUCUUUGUUGCUCUGCUUGCUUUCAUCAACCAGCUGUUCUCCAUCAGACAGCCUUCUAUCACCGUCGAAGCAAACGUCGCUCAACUCCUGGCCUAUCCCGUCGGGGUUGCUGCCGCAAGAUGGCUUCCUGACAAGGGCUUCACUCUGUUCGGAACGCGCCACAGUCUGAAUCCUGGACCUUUCUCUAAGAAGGAACACAUGCUCAUCACCAUCAUGGCUAAGGUCGGCGCCAAUCUGCCGUACACCGACUACGUCGUCUGGGUACAGUUCCUCCCUCACAUGUUCAAUCAGAGCUGGGCUGGCUCAUUCGGAUAUCAACUCGUCAUCGCUAUGGGCACCAACUUCAUCGGCUUCGGCCUCGCUGGUAUUUGUCGUCGCUUCCUCGUUUAUCCCGCUUACUGCGUCUGGCCCACUUCUCUUGUGACCAUGGCCCUGAACAACUCCUUCCAUGACCCUUCCAAUCCUUCCGUCAUGGGCCCCUUCAAGAAGGUCUUCACAAUGUCCAGGCUCAAGUUCUUUGUCCUCACGUUCACUGCCAUGUUCUUCUAUUUCUGGUUCCCAAAUUUCAUCUUUGGAGCCCUCAGCACUUUCAACUGGAUCAACUGGAUUGCUCCAAACAACCUCAAUCUAUCGACUGUCACCGGCAUGAACAAUGGACUUGGCUUCAACCCCUUCCCUACAUUCGAUUGGAACAUCCUACUGUGGGAUCAGAUGGAUCCUCUGAUGGUACCCUUCUUCAACACCAUUAACCGAUUUGUUGGUGUGCUUAUCUCCGGCUUCGCUGUGCUUGGUAUCUGGUAUACCAAUACCUUCAACACCGGUUACAUUCCCAUCAACUCCAACAAGGUCUUCGACCACUAUGGCAAGUUGUACAAUGUCACUCGUACUCUCGACCACCGUGGCUUGUUUGAUGCAGAGAAAUACACCGCUUACUCGCCUGCCUACCUGAGUGCUGCCAACUUGACUGUCUACGCAUGCUUCUUCGCCAUCUACACCGCCACCAUCUCGUAUGCCUUCAUGUAUCACCGCCAUGAGAUUAUGAUGGGCUUCAAGAACCUUUUCCAUCGUGGUGAGAGGGAAGAGUACAACGAUGUUCACAAUCGUUUGAUGUCUGUCUACCCCGAAGUCCCUGAAUGGUGGUACCUCAUUUGCCUGUGCAUUUCGGUCGCCUUUGGUUGCGCCGGUAUCGCCGCAUGGCCAACAUACACCACUGUUGGUACUGUCUUCUACGGUCUUGCUCUGUGCCUCGUCUUCAUCAUCCCAAUUGGUAUCAUUAGAGCCAUCACUGGUAUCCAAGUCACUCUUAACGUCCUGGCCGAGUUCAUCGGAGGAGCUUGGGUUGGAGGCAACGCUCUGGCAAUGAACUUCUUCAAGUCCUUUGGCUACGUCACUUGCGCUCACACCGUUCAAUUCUUGAACGAUCUGAAGCUCGCUCACUACACUAAGAUCCCUCCUCGUCACGCUUUCUGGGCUCAGAUGGUAGCAUGUUUCGUCUCUACCGUCGUCUGCACUGGUGUGCUCAACUUCCAGAUUCACAUCAAGGAUGUGUGUACCACCAGCGCACCCAACCGCUUCUACUGCCCUGGAAACAACACUUUCUUCACCGCUUCCGUGCUUUGGGGCACCCUGGGUCCUCACAAGGUCUUUGGCCAGGGCGGACUGUACACUCUGCUCCUCAUUGGAUUCCCCGUCGGUCUCGUCGUGCCUCCGAUUCUCUACUACGUUACUCGCGCCUUCCCUCAGAAGAAGUGGCUGCGUCAAAUCCACCCCAUCGCCAUCAUCUACGGCGCUCUCACCUGGGCACCUUACAACAUGUCCUAUGUCUGGCCCCAAGUCCCCAUUGGUUUCAUGGCUAUGGUGUGGCUCAAGACUCGUUACUUGGCAUGCUGGGCCAAGUACAACUACGUGCUCAGCGCUUCUUGGUCUGCUGCCAUCGGUAUCUCUGCCAUCAUCAUCUUCUUCAGUGUGCAAUACUCUGGCAAGGUGAGUCUUGAUUGGUGGGGUAACGAGGUGUCGAGUAUGGGUUGCGAGGGUACUGCCUGCACGCGCCUUCACUUGGCUAAGGGAGAGUUCUUUGGCCCUCGAUCUUGGUAG